CAAUUACAGUGGUGAAAGGUGACGCACUGCUUGUUUUCCUCUUGCGUUGUCUCGGUAAUAAAAGAGAAGCAUCUUCACAAUUAAGAUCCAUUAGCUGAGUGAAACCAAUCCACUGAAUGAUCUACCCACUGAAAACCAUGCUGGACUGCAAUAAAAACUGGUACACAUUUUUGGUUGUGCUGCUUGCACUUUUUGGAUGCAUCACAGCUGCACCUGGUAACUACCGUCGACCUACCAAAGUUGGUCUUGUGUGCUGUGAGGCAGUCUCCAAAGCACUUAUACCAUCUACCAUAAAGCUCACCGCAUACAAGCACCAGAAUGCCCUGAAUCCUUGUGUGGAAGCUAUCAUUUUUUUCUCCAAGAAUGAAAAAUAUUGUUCUGACCCUAAUGCACGCUGGAUCCCAAAGAAACUGAAAGGUUUGACAGAGAUCAAGGAAUGAAAAUGCCAGACAAAAUGUUUGCAGCCGUCUUCCUGUUGCUUGCAAUAAUUUUUUUUAAUACAUUAAAAAAAAAAACUAAUAAAAAAAAGUUUUGCAUACAACGCAAGGUAGAAUGUAGACCGUUUUCAUGACUCAUAAAUUAAUGUACAGUUAAUGGGGAACCAUUAUACUCCAAUGUCAACUUUUAUUGUGCCUUUAAGCUUUGCUGUAACCCUUUAAAGCUGUCAUAUCGUUUUAAAAAUGUGAUUCUACUGGUUUGAUGUAGUCUACUGUUUAAACAGUGUGAACUCCUAUAGCUAUUUGAUUAAUAAAAAUAUUGAUGCAUAGUAGUGUGCUACACCCUUAAAAUGUCAGUUUCUGAAAAAGGAAAUGCAGAGUGCAUACUUUAGUACAAGUAUACAACAUUCUUUGAAGCUUCCAGGCUUGUUUGUUGUUCCCCUAUUUAAAUCUCUACAAAUGUUGUAAUGAUCCCAAGUAGAAUACUACUUUCACACGAUUGUUUUUGCUUCGGUCCAGAGAGAGCUUAAGAAGGCAACAUCUUUUGAAAAUGAUGGGUAAUAUCUGUGUAAUAUAUUGCAGUAUUUGUAAUAUUUGCAGAACAUGAUAUCUUUUCUUUUUCUUUUUUUUUUUUUCUCUUUUUUUAAUGUCUGUACUUUCACCACUAGGGGACCACGUGAACAGUCUACAUAAUAAAAUACCAUUACCUUGCAAAAAGUGUCAUUUUUUUUGUUUGUUUCUCCUUGCACUGAGGUGGCUAAUGAUUUGAUCUGAUCUAAUCAAUAUAUUUAAUAUACCGAAUAUUUAUGUUGACACUGAAUACACAUUAGUAUAGAUUUUGCCGAUGUGUCUUUAGGAACAUCUUAACCUUAAUUUGAGAAUUUAGCUGAUGUGUUUCUAACGCUUGGAUUUUGACUGUGCGAGAUGAUUAAGUUUAUAUAGCAUGAACUGAACAAGUUACAGCUUUUACAUGAUCCCCACACUAUACGGGACUUAGGCUCCUUAAAAUACCUGACCAAACAAACCAGUGAAACCAGUGAUUGUGACUAAUUUGUGAUCAAUGAUCAUGUCCGAAGGCCCUGUUUGAAGUAUAGAAUCAAAGUCAGACUCUUGUGUUGUGAUGAUGGAGAGGACGGACGGGUCUUGCUUCAGCAAGGCACGCACAGACAGUGAACAGGAUUCCCAACUGGGAGUCAGAGUACUUGAUGCAUCCAGUAGUAGUCUUUUGGUUCUCUUGUAGCACCCGCAC